AUGGAUGAGCCGAACGACCAGCUGAGCGCUGACGGCCAUCUGACGGCGAUUAAAAGGUUCCUACCCUUUUUUGGUAAGUCUAUCUCCGGAUGUCUAUUCCUGGUUGGUGACAACUGCGGAGUAAACAAGCGGCUAGCGAACCUACUCGGUGUGCCGCUAAUCGGCUGUGCCAGCCACCGCCUGAACUUGGCGGUGCGAGACUACUUGGAGCCCCACGACAGCAUCCUCGAAGAGGUCCAGCAGCUUACGCGUACGUUGCGGACUUUAAAGCAAGCAGCCAAGUUGCGUGCCAAGACCCCAUUGGCCGCUGUCCUCAGACAUGACACGCGCUGGUCGUCGACCUUUUCAAUGCUCAAGCGCUAUUUUCGGCUCCGUCCGUUCAUUUCGGCGGACGACGAGGAGCUCGCGGACUUCCUUCCGUCACGCUUAGCCCACCGCAAGCUGGAGACUUUGCUGGCAAGCCUUUGGGACGUCGAGUUCGUGUCCAAGCACCUGCAGGGCGACGGCCUUACGCUGCUGAACGCUCGUGUCCUAUUCGACGAGCUCCUCAAGAGCCACCCCUCGUUCGCGAAGAUCAUCGCUCCCUCUGCGUCUGAUGUCCACUCCGCCGUCUUCGAGCUGGCGGUCGUCAAGGUGCUGGCCAACCAGGCGGCCCUGCUGACGGACGACGAAGUCGCUGCGCUGGAGCCGUUCAAGCGCACGCAGGCUCAUCGACGCAAAGUAGCUGCUGCGCCGGCCACGUACGAGCUACUUAAUGCGAUUCCUCCUACCUCAAACAUGGUUGAGAGGCUCUUCAGCAUUACGCGCGCUGUGCUGCGCCAUGAGCGCCACCGCCUCUCCCCCAUGAUGCUAGAGAUGAUCUUGUUCCUCGAGAUCAACAGCUCGUACUGA